GUAGUAUUUUUCAGUGUAAAACUUUGCUACUAAAUCAGGCAUGUUUCACUCAUUUUUUACGUACGUGUAUUGCCGUCGACGUCAAUUCCUUCAACGCGAAUAGCAAAACAAAUUAGGUAUAUACAGUCACUGUUGUUUUCUGCAUUGUUAAAAAAAUACCGCAUGUUAUGUUACCACGAUGAGCGGCUCUAACACCAAAAUUGAAAACGCUUGUGUUGUUGUGCUGGGUGAUAUUGGGAGAAGUCCACGAAUGCAAUAUCAUGUGAAAAGUCUUUCCGAAACCCGGUACUUUAUUGAUUUAAUUGGUUAUGUAGAAACACAACCGUUGGACGAUUUAACGAAUAAUUCACAUGUGCGAAUUCACCCUUUAACUCCAUUCCCGGAGCUGAAUCUUCCUACUCCAGUCAAGUAUAUUUUCAAAACUAUGUGGCAAGCGCUCACCUUGUUGAUGGCACUUAUCAGCAUUGAGAAGCCCAGGUUUAUACUUUGCCAAAAUCCACCGGCCAUUCCAACAAUAAUCGUCUGUCAAAUAUAUUCCUUUUUUGCGAGAUCUACAAAAUUGAUUAUUGACUGGCACAACUAUACGCAUACUAUUUUGGCAAUAAAUUCUAGUCAAAAUAGCAUAAUUGUUAAAUUAGCCAAGAUAAUUGAGUCUUAUUUCGGACGAAAGGUUUAUGCCAAUCUUUGUGUAACAAAAGCAAUGAAAAAAGACCUUGAAGAAAAUUUUAACGUUAGAUCAACAGUGUUGUAUGACCGACCCCCAAUGCAAUUUCAACCUAGUUCGAUCAAAGAAAAACAUGAGCUCUUUAUGAGGCUAUCAAGUGUGAUUCCGAUAUUCAAAGGAAGUGAAUCUGACCGAAUGGAUAUUGAGGAUUUUUCCGAGUCAUCCGCAUUUACUAUCAAGCACUGUGAUGGACAGAUUACGUUAAAGCCUGGCCGAUCGGCAAUCCUAAUAUCCAGCACUAGCUGGACACCAGACGAGGAUUUUGAACUUUUGCUUGCCGCAUUAGAAAUAUAUGAAAAAGAAGCGACUGGUAAUGAGUUGUAUUAUCCACACUUGGUGUGUAUUAUAACAGGCAAAGGACCGUUGAAGGAACAUUAUAUAUCACUCAUAAACAAAAAAGUUUGGAAGAAAGUUACUGUUGUAACACCAUGGCUAGAACAUAAUGAUUAUCCUAAGUUAUUGAGCGCUAGCGAUUUGGGAGUAUGUCUCCAUUACAGUUCCAGUGGCUUAGAUUUGCCGAUGAAGAUUGUCGAUAUGUUUGGAGCUGGGCUACCAGUGUGCGCAAUCAACUUUCAGUGCCUUGAAGAACUUGUACGUCAUGGUGAAAAUGGUUUUGUUUUUGAAAACGCUUCGGAACUCGCUGCAUUGAUUUGUACAUGGUUUCAAAAUUUUCCCAAUAAUAUCGCCAUAAUUAAUCAAAAGGAAGUGAUAAAUCAAAAUCUCACAAAAUUCCAGCAGCUUCGUUGGUCGGAAAAUUGGAAGAAACAUGUACAAAGUAUAUUAAAUCGAUUGUAAAAAUUAUGCACAAUGAUGAAUUUAAUAUAAGCAACUAAUAAUAUAUGAAUAAAGUGCCUCUGCAUGUUAUGUUUACUACUAUGCGUGAAUCUGCAAAAUUGUUUUUUUUUUUGAGU